CUCCGGCCCCGCCCCCGCGCUCGCGCGCCAGGCCUGGGCGGUGCCUACGCGCUUGGCGGGAGAUAGAAAAGUGCUUCUGCGCGCGCCGGCGGCGGCUGCAGUUCCUGCGAGCGGGCGGCGCGGAAGCUGCGGACACGCUGACGCCUCCGAGCGUGGCCCCGGGCCCGGAGCGGCCGGAGCAGCCAGAGCAGCCCGCGUCCUGACCCCGGCCCGGUUCCCGCUCCGGGCUCAGCCGGCGGGCGGGCGAGCGCGGCGCGGCCCGGGCCGGGGGGAUGUCUCGGCGGGCGCGCGGUGAAGAGCCGGAUGAGCUGCACUACCAGGACACAGAUUCAGAUGUGCCAGAGCAGAGGGACAGCAAAUGCAAGGUCAAGUGGACCCACGAGGAGGACGAGCAGCUGAGGGCCCUGGUGAGGCAGUUUGGACAGCAGGACUGGAAGUUCCUGGCCAGCCACUUUCCUAACCGCACUGACCAGCAAUGCCAGUACCGGUGGCUGAGAGUUUUGAAUCCAGACCUUGUCAAAGGGCCAUGGACCAAAGAGGAAGACCAGAAGGUCAUUGAGCUAGUCAAGAAGUACGGCACGAAGCAGUGGACGCUGAUCGCCAAGCACCUGAAGGGCCGGCUGGGGAAGCAGUGCCGCGAACGCUGGCACAACCACCUCAACCCCGAGGUGAAGAAGUCCUGCUGGACCGAGGAGGAGGACCGCAUCAUCUGCGAGGCCCACAAGGUGCUGGGCAACCGCUGGGCUGAGAUCGCCAAGAUGCUGCCAGGGAGAACGGACAAUGCUGUGAAGAAUCACUGGAACUCUACCAUCAAAAGGAAGGUGGACACGGGAGGCUUCCUGAGUGAAUCCAAAGACUACAAGCCACCCGUGUACUUGCUGGUGGAGGUCGAGGACAAGGACGGCCACCAGAGUGCCCAGCCUGUGGAAGGCCAGGGAAGACUUGCAACCAACUGGCCUCCAGCACCCCCUACCAUGAAGGAGGAAGAAAGCAGUGAGGAGGAGGCCGCGGCAGCUGCCACUUCUCAGGAGCCAGAGCCUGUCCCUACAGAGCUGGACAGAGUGCAAACGCCAGAGCCCGUGGAGGACUUCCCCAAGCAUGAGGACCAGGAGGGUUCCUCGCCAGAAACGAGCCUGCCCUACAAGUGGGUGGUGGAGGCAGCAAACCUCCUCAUCCCUGCAGUGGGGGCCAGCCUCUCUGAAGCCCUGGACUUGAUUGAGUCGGACCCCGAUGCUUGGUGUGACCUGAGUAAAUUUGACCUCCCCGAAGAGCCGUCUGCAGAAGGCAGUAUCAACAACAGCCCGGCGCGGCCCCAAGCAUCGCAGCAGCAGGCCCUGCUGCCCCGCCAGCCUGCCGCCCCGGUACCCAACAUGACCGAGUACCGCCUGGACGGCCACACCAUCUCGGACCUGAGCCGGAGCAGCCGCGGCGAGCUGAUCCCUAUCUCUCCCAACACUGAAGUCGGGGGCUCAGGCAUGGGCACACCGCCCUCCAUGCUUAAGAGGCAGAAGAAGAGGCGUGUGGCUCUGUCCCCAGUCACAGAGAAUAGCGCCAGCCUGUCCUUCCUGGACUCCUGCAACAGCCUCACCCCCAAGAGCACACCCGUCAAGACGCUUCCCUUCUCACCCUCCCAGUUUCUGAACUUCUGGAACAAACAGGACACGUUGGAGCUGGAGAGCCCCUCGCUGACGUCUACCCCAGUGUGCAGCCAGAAGGUGGUGGUUACCACGCCCCUGCACCGGGACAAGACGCCCCUGCACCAGAAACACGCGGCGUUUGUAACCCCAGAUCAGAAGUACUCCAUGGACAACACUCCCCACACACCAACCCCGUUCAAGAACGCCCUGGAGAAGUACGGACCCCUAAAGCCCCUGCCCCAGACCCCACACCUGGAGGAGGACUUGAAGGAGGUGCUGCGCUCCGAGGCCGGCAUCGAGCUCACCAUCGAGGACGACGUGAGGCCCGAGAAGCAGAAGAGGAAGCCGGGGCUGCGGCGGAGCCCCAUCAAGAAGGUCCGGAAGUCUCUGGCUCUUGACAUUGUGGAUGAGGAUGUGAAGCUGAUGAUGUCCACACUGCCCAAGAAUCUGUCCUUGCCUACAACUGCCCCAUCCAGCUCCUCCAGCCUCACCCUGUCAGGGAUCAAAGGGGACAACAGCCUGCUCAACCAGGGCUUCCUGCAGGCCAAGCCCGACAAGGCAGUGGUGGCCCAGAAGCCCCGAAGCCACUUCCCGACACCUGCCCCCAUGACCAGCGCCUGGAAGACAGUGGCCUGCGGGGGGACCAGGGACCAACUCUUCAUGCAGGAGAAAGCCCGGCAGCUCCUGGGCCGCUUGAAGCCCAGCCACACGUCUCGGACCCUCAUCUUGUCCUGAGGGGCUAGGCGGUCACGAGCCCGUUUUCAUGUUUACAGGGACUGGGGGGCAGAGGGGAUCUGUGAAUUUGAGACUCACACUCAGGUGACCACCCGCCUGCAGGGAGCCUCCUGCUGCCACCCCCUCCCAGUCUGCUCAGGUCGGGGCAGGAAGGCCGCACACUGUCCUGUCGCCCAGUCCGGCUGCAGGCGGUUCCUGGUGCUAACAGAACAAGGCCCCACUCCUGGGCCUGCCUGGUUCCCUCCCCAGUGCCACAGGGAGCCCAGUUAGUGACUCCCAAGCCUGGGUCAGGCCUGGUCUCAUCUCAGACCCUGCUUAGGACAGGGGACGCGGCAGGGUUGCUCCUUCCCUCAACUCCUUUUGGUGCAUUUUCUUGGAAGAAUAAAAUCGCCUCUCUCCUUG